AUGUUCUCUGUUUCCAGCGAAAGAAACAAAUACAGACUUGGCCUUGGGAUAUAUACCGGUGAGUGCUCAUAAUCUGUGGAUUGGUCUAUUUUAGACAGAGUUGUUCUAAAAGACGCAACCGAAUUCGAGCGAUUCUGCAUGGGUCUACCUCAAUUCAUUUUACCCAUCAGAGACUGGAAAACGCCGUGAAAGAAUCAAUUUCUAUUCACUACAAUUUUUUUCUUUCUGAUCGUUCCCAAACUUCUUCCUGCAAGUUUUGAUCCUAUAGCCUCCCUUUGCUAAUUACAUGUGGUUCCGUCUCAUCCUAUCAUCAGAGAAUGAAAAAUGCUGAAAGGAUCAAUUUCUAUCCAUUGCAAUUUCUAUAGCCUUCCUUUGCUAAUAAUAUGUGAUUCCGUCUCAGCUGGAACUGCUGGUGAUUCUUUGAGCUAUCAUCGAAACAUGGCAUUCUCCACUAAAGAUCGCGACAAUGACAAUGCGAACUCGUUCAACUGCGCCGCAUCCUAUAAAAGUGCUUGGUGGUACAACAACUGUCUCCGUGCCAACUUAAACGGCUACUAUUACCACGGUUCGCAAGUCAAGUCUGGCUAUCGUGGUAUCAACUGGGGUAAAUGGAAGGGUGCUUAUUACUCAGCUAAGAGAGCUGAAAUGAAGAUCAGGCCCGUGGACUUUUAA